AUGAACGGCCACUGCAACGGGAAGGUCAACGACGGCGCGGAGGGGCUCCGCUGCGGCAACGGCUUCGGCAGCCUCAUCAUAGACACCAAGGCGUCCGCCGUGCACCGCAAGCACGAGACCUCCCGCAAGGAGGCCGAGGACAAGUCCCGCUUACCUGCGCUCGAGGCCGCCUACACCAGCAUCCUGCGGGAGCUCGGGGAGGACACGGACCGCCAGGGGCUGCUGCGCACGCCCCUGCGCGCCGCCAAGGCCAUGCAGUUCCUCACCAAGGGCUACCACGAGACCGUCGACGACAUCUUAAAUGAUGCCAUAUUUGAUGAAGACCAUGAUGAGAUGGUGAUUGUGAAGGACAUAGACAUGUUUUCACUGUGUGAGCAUCACCUGGUGCCCUUUUUUGGCAAGGUUCACAUCGGGUAUAUCCCCAACAAAAAAGUGGUGGGACUGAGCAAGCUGGCAAGGAUUGUGGAGAUCUUCAGUCGGAGGCUUCAGGUUCAAGAGCGUCUGACCAAGCAGAUUGCCAUGGGGAUAUCUGAGACUCUGCAGCCAAAAGGCGUAGCUGUGGUUAUUGAGGCAGCGCACAUGUGUAUGGUAAUGCGCGGCGUCCAGAAGAUGAACAGCCGCACAGUGACGAGCACCAUGUUGGGAGUUUACCUAGAAGACCCCAAGACCCGGGAGGAGUUCCUGACUCUUUCAAAGCACGCCUAACAAAUGUCAUACACCAUUCACUCCCGAGCCUCUGUAUACCGUCGCUCAUGGAGAGCGCGGUAGUAACAGUGGAUCUGCAUCCGACUUUACUUUAGGAAAAAGACAAACCAGUAGCAGGAAUUGUAAAGCUGCUUCUUCGAAGCAGGAUCCAGAGCCAACUCUGGAGCUCACCUCAAUACACUCAAUAACUCAAUACACUGAAGCCUGUAAGAUUUCAGUCCUGCUGCUGAAAUUGUUCAUUUGAAAUUAAUGCGAACAAAAUAGGAAAUAUGAGACUCACAUUCUUGUGCCUUUGGUAGAUAUUUUACAGUUUUACAUGGCAAUAUUGUUUUUAUCGUGUGAAA